AUGGAGAAUGUGUUACUGGCCUCAGAACUCGUGAAAGAUUACCAUAAAGAUUCAGUCUCGCCCAGGUGUGCAAUGAAAAUAGACAUCUCUAAGGCUUUUGACUCGGUACAAUGGUCGUUUCUGCUUAACGGGUUACUGGCUAUGGGAUUUCCGGAGAGGUUUAUACACUGGAUCAAGCUUUGUAUCACUUCUCCCUCUUUCUCAGUGCAAGUAAAUGGAGAGCUUGCGGGUUAUUUUCAGAGCGCCAGGGGUCUGAGACAAGGGUGUUCCCUCUCACCCUACUUGUUCGUUCUGUGCAUGAAUGUGCUAUCUCUGAAAAUAGACAAAGCAAUGAGGGAGAAGAAGUUCAGUCCGCACCCACGCUGUAAGUCUCUUGAUCUCACGCAUCUUUGCUUCGCGGAUGACUUGAUAGUGUUUGUGGAGGGCUCAAAGGAAUCAGUUGAAGGUGCUCUCAUGGUAUUCAAUGAGUUCGAAGUCUGGUCGGGUCUCUCUAUCAGUCUAGAGAAAUCAACAAUCUUUAUGGCUGGGAUUUCUGAAGUUGAGAAGAGCAGGAUCUUGAAUAAUUUUCCCUUUUCAGUGGGAGAUCUUCCGGUUCGGUACUUGGGGCUUCCGUUGAUGACUAAGGCCAUGAAAAGGCAGGAUUAUCUCCCUCUGCUUGAAAGAAUCCGGGGUCGUAUAAGUACUUGGACGAGCAGGUUUCUCUCGUACGCUGGGAGACUUCAAUUGAUCAAAUCGGUUCUGGUGAGCAUUGUCAACUUCUGGUCAGCGGUGUUCCGGUUCCCAAGCUGUUGUAUCAAAGAGAUUGAACAGCUUUGUGCGGCUUUUCUCUGGUCGGGGCCGGAAUUGAAGACUACAAGUGCUAAAGUGGCUUGGCAGAAUGUAAGUAAGCCAACAGCAGAAGGUGGGCUGGGGAUUAGAUCGUUAAAAGAGGUGAACUUGGUGUGUGGGCUGAAACUCAUAUGGAGAAUGUUGACGGGUGAUUCGCUCUGGAGCAAAUGGGUUCAAACUUAUCUCCUUAAAAAGAAAAGCUUCUGGGAAAUAAAGGAGACUACUCAGAUAGGCUCCUGGAUAUUUAAGAAGCUGCUCAAACUGCGGGAGGUUGCAAAAUCUUUUCAUAUGAAGGCUGUGGGUAAUGGCAAACAUACCUCCUUUUGGUAUGAAAAAUGGUCGGAUUUGGGUGUGAUGUAUGACCUUCUAGGUGACAGAGGGGUUAUCGAUUUGGGUAUAAGAAGAGAAGCCACUGUGGAGGAGGUUAUUAAUAAUACCAGGAGGAGGAGAAGGCAUAGAAGAAGUAUGUUCUAUGAAAUAGAGAAGGAGCUGGAGAGUAUCAGAAGCCAGCAGUCAAAUGAAGCUCAGGAUGUACAUAUGUGGCGAGAGAUCACAGGUUUUAAAACCAAAUUUUCUUCACAUGAGACAUGGCAGUUGUCUAGAGAGGCUGGUGCUCGGGUUCCCUGGGGUAAAAGCAUAUGGUUCUCGCAGGCUACUCCGAAAUUUGCCUUCAUAGCCUGGCUUGCAAUGAGAGAUAGGCUAUCCACUAUGGAUAGAAUUUCUUGUUGGAACCAAGGAGUUGUCACUACCUGUGUGCUGUGUAAAACCACCUCAGAAACAAGAAAUCAUCUCUUCUUUGAAUGCUCAUUUUCCUCUCAGGUUUGGGAGCUGCUCACAAAAGGGAUCCUUCACAGGUCCUUCUCUACUCGAUGGGUUGAUAUAGUUAGGUUGAUCACCCUCCCAACAAUGGAGAAGAAAAAACGGUUCUGUCUCCAAUAUGCAUUUCAGGCCACUCUAUAUGUUCUAUGGAGAGAACGAAACAAAAGGCAUCAUGGAGACAAAGCUCUGCCAAUGCUGGUCUUGACAAAGCUCCUGGAUAAGUCUAUCAGGAACAAGCUCAGUUUGGUUCAAUCUAAAGGAGUAAAGGGAUAUGAAGGAAUUUUGCAAUAUUGGUUUAGCACAAGAAUGUAA